ACGACACUGAGUGACACAGUAUCAGCUGUGUUUUAAUAUAAUAAUGGUAUUUCGAUAUAAGAUCUUAAAAUCUAAAACCUUUGUUUUACCAAUACGUGUAUCAGGGAAAAUAUGUUCUUAUAAUGUGUCUUAAAAGCCAAUGGUGUCCGUAAACUUGUCGCUCUGGUCUAUAAAACACACUGAUAAAACAUGACAACUAUGUUGGAUGAUGAAGACAUUAGCAGUGUAAAUAGAAUAUCACCGUCUACAUCCCGUCGUUUUGAAAAAACUACGGUUUCGAAAUUCAGGAGACAAACAUCUGAGGAAAAUGGUAAAAGGUCAGACGGUAACGAAAGGAGUGAUGGGGAUACAGUAAAGAGACGAUUAUUGUCUGCUUGGAACAAUGUAAAAUUUGGUUUGACCUCACCAAGCACAACAACAUUUGCUGAAAACCAUCCUGCAUGGAUUUUGGGAAAGUGCUACACAUUUAAUUCAGAUAUUGAAGAAAACAGCCGGUUGCAGAAGACUCAUCUAAAUCCACCACUUCCUACCAGUGAAUUUUAUAGACAUUUUUCAUCACUCAUGUGGUUCACAUACCGUAAAGACUUUCCACAAGUUGGUGAUUCAGUUUAUACAACAGACACAGGGUGGGGAUGUAUGAUACGAAGCGCUCAGAUGAUGUUAGCGACAGGAUUGUCUUAUUAUCUGCUAGGAAGAGAUUUCAGAACAAGUGGAAGGUGUCACAGUAGAGCCCAAAGAUUCUUCUAUAAAGCGAUCUUAAGAUUUUUUAAUGACUCACCAGCAGACCUCAGUCCAUUUUCAUUGCACAAACUUGUUAAACUCAGUGAGUCAUUUGGUAAACAAGCUGGGGACUGGUUCGGUCCCUCUCUUGUUGCUCAUGUCAUAAAGAAAGCGUUAGAAGAAUCUAACCAUCAAGUUCUUCAAAAUAGUCAAGGACUUCGUGUUUAUGUUUCUCAAGACUGCACAAUCUACAGAGACGAUGUCAUUCGACUAUGUCAGGAGUGUGGAAGUUGUAACAAGCAAUGUUCUGAAGAUCACUGGAGGUCUUUAAUUAUCUUAGUGCCUGUUCGACUAGGCGGGGAAAAUCUAAACCCAAUCUAUCAGCCUUGUGUGAAGGCUCUUUUGACACUGGAUUGCUGUAUUGGGAUAAUUGGAGGUCGUCCAAAGCAUUCUCUUUAUUUCGUUGGAUUUCAAGAGGACAACCUAAUUUACCUUGAUCCUCAUUUUUGUCAACCAGCAGUGGAUAUGACAUCAGAAGCCUUCCCUCCAGAAAGCUUCCACUGUGACUCACCACGAAAGAUUCCUAUACGAAAAAUGGAUCCUUCAUGUACAAUUGGAUUUUACUGUGCCACUAGGGAAGACUUUGAAACAUUCUGUACCAAGGCCACCGAGGUCGUCAGUCCUCCGAUGCAAAAGGGCAGUUACCCGAUGUUCAUUGUUGCCUCGGGAAAUUGUGAUAAACUCAUGUCGACACCGCAUCUCGAGUCUUCAUUGUCGUUCUCAGACACUAAAGAUAUUCCCACUUCAGAUUUAUUUGAAUACGAGACUGGUAUUUAUAGAAAUGGUGAAAAAUACCGAGUACACGAGGUUGGAGGUGAGAAUCUCGCGCUUGGUGAUCGACCCGCUGAGGACUACGUUGUUUUAGGCUCAGUCAAGAACAACGAAUCGUUUGAUUUUGGAGAUUUUUAACACAAAUUUUAAUGAGCAAUUAACACAUAGUUUAUAAACUUUAUUAUAGAAAAGGUAUUGGCAAAAAUAGAGGUACAAGUUUAGAUCAUAUUACAUCCAUCACAAGCUAUAUUCUACUGAAUUGACUGGUUAAGCUCGUGUCAUGUUGUGUUGUCGUGUUAUAUUAAAGAAAAAUUAUUGUUUGAAUCGCGGAAUUCUUCUAAUUCACUGAAUAAAAAUUGAGUGUAGUGAUUAUAUGUCAAUACCUUCUCUAUAAUCACGAAAU